AUGCUUUCUAAAAAAGGAAAGCGAGGACAAGUUUCUAUAUCUCAUUUACUUAACUUUUCGCUUCCUGAACGUCCACAAGAACUUCAAAGACAAUUCCAGCACCAACGAAAUAGCAACAAAAACAAUAAUAAUAAAGCUAAAUACAACAUCCCACCACCAGAUAAUACAGCUCACAUUAAUACCUCUUGUAGGUUUAUUCUUGACCCGGAAUAUGAAUAUAACGAAAUUUUACAUAACCCCGAUACUAUUAUUUCUUUGGAUCAAGUACUGAGAGUUUUUUGUCGAAAAUCUACAUGUCCUAUUUGUCUUGAUGAAGCAAAAGCACCUAGAAUGCUGCGCUGUGGCCAUAUAAUGUGCUAUCCUUGUUUUCUUCGGUUUUUAGAUUCUGACCCUAAAAUUGGCAACAACCCUCUUUCCGAGUCUCAUAAAAAACGAGAGUGUCCCUUUUGUUUUGAAUCAAUUGAAUCAUCAAAAAUCACACCUGCAACGUUUUUAGAAUUUGACGAAAAUUUCGAUACACCUCGACCAAAUAAUGAAACAGUUUUGCGACUAAUGUUUCGACCACAUGUAAAUGAAAAUGGUGAAGAACAGCAAUGUAUGAAUGCAUUUCCUAUAUCAUUAUCAGAGAUUUCUUCAGAAACUCUAUUUACCAUUCCUACUGUUUUAGAAACAUCUUACAUUUAUCCAAGAUUUAUGAUGCCUACACGUGAAUUUUUAUUGGGACAAUUCAAAAAGGAAAUUAAAGACUUAGAAGCACAAAGAAAUGAAGAAUAUCUUCUAUACCCAGAAGACAAGGAUUAUGUCGGUUUAUAUUUUAAUUUGGCCAUUAAAAAAAUACAGGUACUCAUGGCUGAAGUCCAAGUUGGUUUCAAGUAUGAUUCAGAUGAAAUCAAAAAAAAGCAAGCAUUUUAUUUACAUGGGUUUUCAUCUAAAAAACCAACUGAUGAACUUGAAAAAACUUCUGAAGAGUUUAUUUCACAAUUUGACGACAACUCUGCUUAUUUUUUUUAUCAAACAGCAUUUCAGUCGGAAACAAGAUAUGUUCUUUCAACCUUAGAUACACGUAUUCUCAAACAUGAGUUUCAAAACUACCAUUCGAUGCCUUCUUCUAUUGUUGUAAAGGUUGAAAAUGUAAUUUAUGGGAAUAUAAUGUCUCCAGAUAUGCGCAAAAAAUUUAAAUACCUAAGUCAUUUCCCAUUUUAUACCGACAUUGCAUUUAUUGAAUGUGACUGGAUCAGUAACUCUAAAGGGAAAAAGAAUGAUAACAAAACAAAAUCGAAAGAAAGCCCUGAAAUAUCAACUGGUAAAACUGAUAUGCGACACUCUAAAAAUUUGCUUUCAGAUCAUCAACAGCCGGCUGUGAAUGGUCCUUUAAAGCUUUCUUCCAACACAUUGAAUUUUUUUCGCAAAGACCUUCAACAACGAACGGAUAAUUUACGUCGAAAAAAUAAAAAAGAAAAAGACCAGGCACGCAGGUUUCAAAAUAUGCAAGAACGGAAACUUUAUAAUGAUUUGUUGUCUUCUUCCGGACUUGUUUACGAAUCUGGUAAUCCAAGCUCGACUGAAUAUCAAGAAUCUUUUAGUUCAAGCGUUUCAUUUCCGUCUCUUGGUUCUAAUAAGAGCAUAAUGAAAACAACUGAUGAUGCGCCUAUAGGAAAUAGCAGUAAUAUGUCAGAUUCAUCACCAAAAGAAAAUGUUGAUAACUCAAAUACCGCAGAGUCUUUACCCUCUUCAGGAAAUGCACCAUUAUUUAAGAAGAAGACUGUAUGGGGAACAGAAGCAGUAGUUUUUAAGUCAACUAUUGAAGAAGAGUUGAAUGCGCGUAACAGAGCUGGUCUUAAUGAAGGUUGGCUUGAUUACAAUACCUUAAUGAAGCACUCUUCUAGUAACAACGAUGAUCCUAGUUCUACGUCUAAAGAAACAUCCAACUCUUCUAAGGGAAAACGCAAGGGAAAAAAACUAGUAUUAAUGUCAACAGCAAGAGCUAUGUAUUAG